AUGAAGUUGCUUCAGAAAAUAUUCAUUGUGACAUCAUAUGACUUCCAGCAUCAGGAUCAACAGGUAACAAAAUCCCUGCAGCUGGAAACCGUCCAGUCACGCCACGACCUCUCCUCGCAGGAAUUGACUGUCUCGCGCAUCGGGGUUCGCUCAGUCGCGAUGGCGUCUUCGGUCGUGGAGUCGGCGGUGCUCUUGUCCCUCAACGCCCUGUCCCUCUUCGUCUUGCAAGAUUCGGUUGUCACAGAUGUAUUUCCCGUUUCCCCGAGGAACAGGUCGAAACCCAUCUCAUUCGACUUCCCAGUCGACCUCCUGCCAUACGUGAAUCAAGGAGAAUCCGCCUUUCACGAGGUCAAGGAUCUGCUGGUUAACGGUGUGUGGGAUCUCGAACGCGACGAGGACGGCAUCGUCGUCAAGAGCCUUUACAGCAAAAAAUACAGCAACUACAUCUUCCUAGCAGAGACGGUGGUGAACGCUUCCGCGGAGGCCCUUGUCGACGAGUACUGGUGGCAUUUCGACAGAAUCACCACCUGGAACACUGCGCAUGAUCUGCUGGACACCAAGCGGAUGGUGGAGGAUUUCUACAUAUGCUACAUCUCUACGGAAUUUCCAGGGGCACCGCCCGAAGGGAAAAACCAUGAGGUGCUCCACACCCAUCGAAAGCUGGACGACUUUUGCUGUGAUCCCUGGGAUGCUGCUCUAGAGGAAACGUUUCAUCCGGAUGGAUUCCAGUUUUCUCCAAACUGGGAAGGUUCCGCCAAAUUCCAGACCGUCAUGAAUGCCGACGUGAAGCUAUACGCAGCGUUGAAGCCACUCCACCGAGUUUACGAGGUAUCCACCCUUUUCGAAUACGCCACGCGUCUCAGAGAUUUUGCUUCGAGGCUGAGGGAUAUCUGGUGA